UUCCGUUCAAAAUGUCUGCUGCCGCAAUAUUGGACCUUGGAAAAAUACCUUCAAAAGUGAAUCCAGAACUACAGUCUGAACGCGAUUGUUCCAGUUUAACCCCAUAUAUAUCAGAAAUAACUGCUAUUGUCGAUGGCGGUAGAAAUAAUACAGAGAAAAGACGGCAAAUAGAGAGAAUUUUAUUCAAGGAUCCUCUGUUUAGAGACUGUGCCAUUGACAGUGUUUAUAAGCCACGCGAUGAGAUAUAUGCUAGAGGAGUAGAGAGGAGUGUUCGGUUAUUUGCUCUAAAAGAGGAAUACAACUGGACUGAUGAAGAAUUCGGCAUUGCAGUCAAUGUGAUAAAUCAUCAGUAUUCCCUAGGACUGCACACUGUAAUGUUCAUACCUGCCUUAGAGAGACUAUCAACAGAACAACAAAAGGCAAAAUGGCUUCAUCUGGCCAGGAACUACCAGAUUAUUGGCACGUAUGCCCAGACAGAGCUGGGGCAUGGUACUAAUCUGCAGGGACUGGAAACCAUAGCAACUUAUGAUGCCACUACAGAAGAGUUUAUUUUAAACACACCAACCGUUACAUCCAUUAAAUGGUGGCCAGGAGCUUUGGGAAAGUCUGUGAACUAUGCCAUCAUUUUAGCUACUUUAAUCAUUGAUGGUAAAAAGCAUGGCAUGCACCCUUUUCUAACCCCAUUAAGAAGCACAAAGGAUCACAAACCACUGCCAGGUGUAAAAGUUGGAGAUAUUGGACCAAAACUUACAUUUAAUACCGUUGACAAUGGUUACUUAAUCCUGAAUAAUGUACGAAUUCCAAGGGAGAAUAUGCUGAUGAAAAAUGCUCAGGUUAGCAGAGAAGGCCAUUUUACAUCCAGAGGCCCUAGCAAGGCAAACUACUCUGCCAUGAUCUUGGUGAGGGUCACUAUUGUAAACUGGUGCUCCGUGAUUCUCAGUAAUUCUUCUACAAUAAUUGUUCGGUACUCUGCUGUUCGAAGACAGUCUACAUUAGAUUCAAGCAGUGAAAAGGAGAGCAAGAUCUUGGACUACCAGACCCAGCAGUACAAAGUGUUUCCUAGUCUUGCCACAGCCUACGCUUUAUUCUUUGUCUCUAAAACCCUCAAGAAUAGGUACUUAAAAACCUAUGCAGAGAUAAUGAAGGGAAACUUUAAAAAUCUUCCUGAGAUCCAUUGUCAGUCGGCUGGCAUGAAGGCCCUGUCAGCCGAGAUGACGGUCGAGCUGUUGGAGAUCAGCAGACAGGCCUGUGGGGGACACGGUUACCUGGCCGCUUCAGCCCUGGGGGACGCAGUAGCAUCGGCCAAGGCCCUGGUGACUGUGGAAGGGGAGAACACUGUGCUCUACCUGCAGGUCGCCAGGUACUUGAUGAAGAGGUUUGCUGCAGCUGUUAGCGGAGAGAGAUUGUCUGGUACCACAGAAUACCUGUGUAUGGACCCCAUAAAAUACACCUGUCCCAUCAACUCACCUGGAGACUGUAUGAAUGUGUCUUUGUUAUGCCAGGUGUACAGGUUCCGAGCCUACAGGAUGAUUUCAAAAGCUGCUAGGAUGCUCCAAAGAGAUAUAGAAGGGGGAAAAAAGCAACAUGAGGCCAUGAAUGACAACCUGGUUCAACUUGUCCGAGCAGCAAGGGCUCACCUGUUAUACUGUAUGAUGGUUGAUUACAAGGAAGGCAUGAAUCAACUUCAGAUCAGUGUUCCUGUUUCCAAAGCUUUAAACAAUCUGCUUGUCUUCUUCACUGUGUUCAACAUUGUUAAGAAUGCUGGAGAUUUUCUUGAGACUGAGUCCAUUGGAUUGCCACAGAUGGAAUGGCUGAAAGAAACAGAAGUCAAGAUGCUGGCAGAAAUCAGACCAGAUGCAGUCUCCCUUGUAGAUGCCUUUGAUAUACAUGACAACACACAUGGUUCGGUGCUUGGCUGUUACGAUGGAAAUGUUUACGAGAGAAUGCUAAAAUCAACACAAAAUGAACCUCUUAACCAACCUGAUGUUCAUUAUUCCUUUCACCAGCACCUGAAGCCAUUUCUAGAAAGGAACAAAACCUCAAAACUGUAAAAAGUGCCCCAUAACAAUAUAUUACAGUCAAAUAAGUUUUUAAUUGCUUGGAGCAAUUUUGAGAACAUUUGAAGCCACAAAAUGUGAAAUCAUGGACUUCUAGAAGAUAAAUGUAUUUUUAAUGCUGAGAAUUACAUAAACUUGACUUGACCAAAAAAAUAUAUAUAUUGUAUUUUUUGAUACAAAAUACAUGUAUAUUAUACGUUAAGCAUAAUUUGAUAAUAUAUUUUGCUUGUGAAUUACUGUAGGACUGAUUUUUGUUCCCAUUGUAUUGUUUUUCGAUGAAUCUGAUUUAACUGCUUAUUAUAGUUAGUAUAAAGAUUUUUAUUGAAAUGUUUGAUUAGAAAAUUUCCUGUAAUGCCAUGAGAGACUUAACAAGAUCUUAAUACAUGUACCUUAUAUCUGUGAUAGUGACCACUGGUUGUGUUUUAGGUUGUUGUUUUCUGAUUUUGUUGACAUGAUUUAUUAUUUGUGUAUUAAAGGUUGUUGAGUAUUCACUACAAUGUAUUGCAUAGUUAUAUUUGUUAAUGUAAUUGUCAUUUGUGUAUCAAAGGUUGUUGAGUACUCACUACAAAGUACUACACGAUUAUAUUAUUUUGAUUUUAGUAUUAAGUUGGCAUAUUUAUUUUAUUUGAAUGGCAGUAUAGUAUAGAUUACAUUACACAUGACAAUCACUGUAACAAACAAAUUGUUGAAUUGUUUCACUUUGGUUUUUUUUAAUUCUUUGAUAUUGGAAAUGAAAUACUGGUAUAUAAAAAGACAUUUGUAAUCAUUAAAUAAAGUAAUUCUUGAUUGAUUUAA